AUGGCCACGAACGGCGCGAAAGCCUCAGACGGACACGUCCUAACGGAGCUGAACGCGGCGCCCGCAGCCAACGACAAGCCCAAGACUCUGGUGGUCAAAGUACAGAAGAAAAAAGAGCUUCUGGACCGGGAAACGUGGGCCGGCAAGUUCGACUUUCUGCUCUCGUGCGUCGGUUACGCCAUCGGGCUCGGAAAUGUGUGGAGGUUCCCUUAUCUGUGCGGCAAAAACGGCGGAGGAGCCUUCUUGAUCCCGUAUUUUUUGACACUUAUAUUUGCUGGCAUGCCCUUGUUCCUACUUGAGUGUUCUCUUGGUCAGUACACCUCCAUCGGUGGCCUUGGAGUGUGGAAACUGGCUCCUAUGUUUAAAGGUGUCGGCCUGGCGGCAGCAGUUCUGUCUUUCUGGCUUAACAUCUACUAUAUUGUUAUCAUUGCCUGGGCCAUUUACUAUCUAUACAACUCCUUCACCACAGACCUUCCAUGGAAGUCCUGCAACAAUCCCUGGAAUACAGAGCGAUGCUUUUCCAACUACAGCUUGGCAAACACGUCGAACAUGACCAGCGCCGUUGUGGAGUUUUGGGAACGGAAUGUGCAUCAGCUUACGAAUGGUCUGGAAAAACCAGGGGAGAUUAGAGUGCCCUUGGCAAUAACACUAGCCAUCGCAUGGGUCCUGGUCUACUUUUGUAUCUGGAAAGGUGUGGGUUGGACAGGAAAAGUGGUCUAUUUUUCAGCCACAUAUCCAUACUUCAUGCUGCUUAUCCUGUUCUUCCGUGGAGUUACGCUGCCUGGAGCUAAAGAGGGCAUUUUGUUCUAUGUCACACCUAACUUUGAAAAGCUGAAGGAGUCAGAAGUGUGGCUUGAUGCUGCCACUCAGAUUUUCUUCUCCUAUGGACUUGGCCUCGGGUCUCUGAUCGCGCUUGGGAGCUACAACCCCUUCAACAACAACGUUUACAAGGACUCUAUUAUUGUAUGCUGCAUCAACUCCUUCACCAGCAUGUUUGCUGGAUUUGUCAUUUUCUCCAUUGUGGGCUUCAUGGCUCACAUCACAAAGAGAUCUAUUGCCGAUGUAGCUGCAUCAGGUCCAGGCUUGGCAUUUUUAGCUUACCCAGAGGCUGUUACUCAGCUGCCCAUUUCACCACUUUGGGCAAUUCUGUUCUUUUCCAUGCUGCUUAUGCUUGGAAUUGACAGUCAGUUCUGUACAGUAGAGGGUUUCAUCACUGCAUUGGUAGACGAGUUUCCCCGCUUACUGCGAGGACGACGAGAAAUCUUCAUUGCUGCUGUCUGCCUUGUGUCUUAUAUCAUCGGACUGUCAAACAUCACACAGGGUGGCCUCUAUGUGUUCAAGAUUUUCGAUUACUACUCUGCCAGUGGAAUGUGUCUGCUCUUCUUGGUGUUCUUUGAGUGCAUCUCCAUAUCCUGGUUCUACGGUGUCAAUAAGUUCUAUGGAAAUAUUGAAGAGAUGAUUGGAUACAAACCUUGCCUUUGGUGGAAAUUAUGUUGGGUGGUGUUUACACCUUUAAUUGUGGCUGGUGUGUUCUUGUUCAGUGCGAUCCAGAUGGUUCCCGUGACCAUGAAUAAUUAUGUGUUCCCAAAGUGGGGACAGGGUGUCGGCUGGUGUAUGGCCUUGUCUUCUAUGGUCCUCAUUCCUGGCUACAUGGGCUACAUGUUCCUCACAUUAAAAGGCUCCUACAAAGAGCGUCUCAGGAUAAUGAUUCAGCCUACGGUUCUGGUCAAAAGCCAAGAGAAUGGGCCCGAGCAGCAACCCGAGAGUGUGAAUGCAGCCAACGACGAGGCAUACAUCUAA